AGGGACAACGUAAGCCAAGAAACAAGCUGAGCAGCCCCGGAAGAGUGGUGCCAGACAGCUGUUGUCACCAGGCACUUGACAAGAAGGAAAAGGAGGCUUGAGACACUCAGCCUGAGGUCAGACUCCAUGUAGGUCCAGCAGCACCGCCAAAAUCCCCUUGCCGAUGCCCAGGCCCUGAGCUGCUGUGUCCUGCAGGCUCCCGUGCCCAGAAUGGCCUGCACUGAGGUCCCGCGGCAGCCCGUCCCGCAGCAGCCCCAGCCCUUCUCCACAGGAGCCGUCACCAUCAACACCACGAGCCCUGCUGGGGGGCACUGUGGCUUAAUAGAUGGCGACCUAGAGUGCCUGGUGUGCAGGGAGCCCUACAGUUGCGCCCGGCUGCCCAAGCUCCUGGGGUGCCAGCACUUCUUCUGUGCCGUCUGCCUGAAGCUCCUGUUGUGCGUGCGGGAUGACAUGUGGUCCAUCACCUGCCCACUGUGCCGCAAGGCCACCACCAUCCCUGGGGGCCUCAUCUGCAGCCUGCGUGACCAGGAGGCCGUGGUGAGGCAGCUGACCAGGCCAUGCCCAGAGGUGCGGCUCUGUCCUCAGGUCCUGUCGGAUCCUGUCGUGUUGGCAGCAGGGAAUCCCAGCUUGGUAGGAGAGGAUGGGCAGGACGCAGUGAAUGCCAACCGCGUGGCAGCCCGGCGCCUGGCGGCACACCUGCUCCUACUGGUCUUACUCAUUAUCCUCAUCCUGCCCUUCAUCUACCCGGGGGUCAUGCAGUGGGUGCUCACCUUCAUUAUCGCACUGGCCCUGCUGCUGUCCACUGUCUUCUGCUGCCACCCCAGCAGCCAGGGCAGCUGCUGGUCCUCCCCAAGGACUCUCCUGUGCAGGGAGCAUAAACACAGUGAGAUCUCCUCCAUUGCCUGAGUGCUCUGGCCAGGCAGCCGCUGCCGCACCUCCUGCCUCAUGGGCCUCGUUACUCUCACUGUGAACAGGGUAAGGGACAGGGGCUGUAAACUGCCGGGCUCCCUCGGGAGGUGAAAUGCCAGCUGGACCUGCAAGCAAAGCCAGAAUGGCCAUCUUGGGUCAAGAACUAUGCACAUGGAUGAUAGACUUAGCCUGCCCACGGUAUGGAGCACCUGCACCGUCUGGAAUGGGGAAGGAGGCACAAAUUACUUGAACGCUGCAAAGGGGGGCCUCCUGUUACUUUUAUUCUGAUGUUUCUGGUUUUCCUUUAUAUGCCUGAUGACUUUAUUGUAGAACAAAUAGAAUGAGGACUCCUUUUUUGCAAAUUCUGUA